UAUGAACGCAACUCAUUUUACCAUGUGACUGACAUCAGCUGAUCGGCGGGCGGAACUGGAUAAAAACAUGGUGGUUUUACUGAGCAGGUUACCUGUCACAGACUGUCUAAAACUGUGUCACAGGGUGGUGGAUGGACUGUGCGGACGGGAGCCUCCUCGCAGGGGGGAUUACAGCGCCACCUGGAGCCUGGAGGAGUGGCUGGAGCUGCUCAGCUCCCUGACAGCCUUCUUCCGCCUGGCGGUGGGGAACAACAGCUCAGACGAAGAGGUGCUGGCGGGGCUGGCGGACGUGGGCAGCAGCCAUGCUCAGAUGUUGCUGAGUGUGCUGAGAGCCAGAGAGGAGGAGAUCCGCCACUCUCUGCUGGACAGAACCAACUCCAUCUCCUCUGCUACUCUGCAGGAUUUUGACUGGCAGCUAAAGCUGGCUCUGUCCAGUGAUAAGAUCUCAUCCCUCCACACUCCUCUGCUCGGCCUCAGUCUGGAUGUGAGAGAGAACGGAGCCCUGCGGCCUGUCGCCAUGGAGAUGAACAGAGAGGAGUUAAACACACUCAUCAAUUCACUAGAGGCUGCUAAUAAGGUGGUGCUGCAGCUGAAAUGACAGAAAGAUGGUGGACCUCUGAUCCCAUUAAAGCCCAUGAGCACAGGAGGUCCAGUGAAAGGAUGUCAUGUCAUCACAAACAUCUGAAAGAGCUUCUCUCCCCGCGUCGACACAGUUUAUUCAGACGUAACGAUGAUUAGCGAGUGCUGUCCUUUGUUAUUCAGUGGUGUAUGUGAGCAGUCGAAACACUGUGGUGUUUUUUGCAGCGCACUGUGUUGUGUCAUGAACAUGUUGAAGUAAACGUUUCUUUGCUUUUUGA